AUGGUGAAUAUUGUGGAAAAGCUAUUCUCAUUGACAGGCCGCACGGCCGUCAUCACUGGUGGCACAAGGGGAAUCGGCCAGGCAAUGGCCGUCUCCCUUGCCGAGGCGGGAUCUGAUAUCAUUCUCAUCCAGAGAGACGAAAGCAACACAGAAACCAAGAAGCAGAUUGAGGCCCUGGGCCGGAAAGCCACCAUCUACACGGCAGACCUGUCAAAUCAGGAGCAGGUAGAAGGCCUCACAAAACGCAUCCUGGCUGACGGCCAUGAUGUGAGCAUCCUAGUCACCUGUGCCGGCAUCCAACGCAGACACCCCGCACACCAGUUCCCCAUGAGUGACUGGGAUGAAGUCCUGCAAGUCAACCUCAAGACGGUCUGGACGCUCUGCCGAGACAUCGGCGCCUACAUGCUCACGCGCAGCCCGAAGCCCGUCAACGGCCACCGCGGCAGCAUCAUCAACGUGGCGUCGCUGGUCAGCUUCCAGGGCGGCAUCACGGUGCCGGCGUAUGCGGCCGCGAAGGGUGGCAUCGCCCAGUUGACUAAGGCGCUGAGCAACGAGUGGGCUAGCCAGGGCGUCAACGUCAACGCCAUCGCGCCCGGCUACGUGGCGACGGACAUGAACGAGGCGCUGAUCAACAACCCGGAGCGCGCGGCUAGUAUCUUGGCCAGAAUCCCGGCCGGCAGAUGGGGUACCCCGGAUGACUUCAAGGGGGCCACGGUGUUCCUCGCGGGGGCGGGGAGUCUGUAUGUUUCUGGGGAGCUGCUUACCGUGGACGGGGGCUGGAUGGGUCGAUGA